AUGCGACUUUCAGCGCUCUGGAUUGGGCCACUGCUUUUACCGCUGGCCUUAGCGUCAGGACCAUUGGUCACCUUGGACUACGGGAUGUACCAAGGUAUUGACACUGGUAACCUCUCGACGUUCCUCGGUCUUCGCUAUGCUGCACCAGCAGCACGAUUUACUCGACCCUCUCCACCUACCGCGUUCUCUGGCACUCAACUAGCCGACACCAAUGGCGCUGCAUGUCCUCAGCAAGCCUUAACAUCGGUGGGCACAGGCCCCGCAGCUUCUCUGCCAACCACCUAUACCUCAAUGUCGGAUGACUGUUUGACGCUAAGCGUCUUUGCGCCGAAAUCGGCGACACACGAUUCCAACCUUCCGGUCUUUUUCUGGAUUUAUGGUGGUGGUUUUGAGGUCGGUUUCUACGCUGAUAACGAUUUGCGGCCAUUUGUGGAGCGAUCCAUCCUCAAAGGCGAACCUGUUAUUGUGGUAACGCCAAAUUAUCGUGUUUCCGCCUACGGCUUCCUAGGGGGAAAAGAAGUUGGGCAAGCGGGAUUAAGUAACCUUGGAUUGAGAGAUCAGAUCUUUGCACUCGAAUGGGUCCAACAGCAUAUAUCUGCGUUUGGUGGCGAUCCCAGAAAGGUUGUGGUUGGUGGCGUCAGCGCGGGUUCCAUGUCUAUUGCGACCCUGCUUCUCAACAAUAACCACUUCAAGGCUCAAGACCUAUUCCGUGGCGCUUUUAUGGAAUCCGGCGCGCAAAUACCCACCCCCGCUCUUGACGCCAGCCAACACGACUAUGACUCCCUGGUCGCCGCCAAUAACUGCACUGAUUCGACCGACACACUCAAUUGCCUCCGCCAAGUCCCACUCGGCGCGUUUAGUGCUACGGUGAACCAAACUGCAGACGUACUAUCGUAUCGCUCGAUCAAUAUCCUCUGGCGCCCGCGUGUGGACGGUGACCUGAUCGUGGAAGACCCAUUCCGAGCUGUCAAACACGGUAGUUUCGCUCCGCUACCGUUCAUCAUCGGAGACGUGGACGACGAGGGAACUGAUUUCAUGAUCUCGAGUACCAACAUCACCACCAACGAAGAGUUCAUCGGAUAUUUGCCCAACUUCCUUCCUUCAGCCUCCGCUGAGCAGAUCGAUAAACUCUCGGUCCUUUACCCUGACGACCCGACGAAGGGAUCUCCAUUCGAUACGGGCGACGCAAAUCAGCUGACGCCACAAUCCAAGCGUAUAGCCGCGUUCCUUGGGGACUACCUCUUUCAAUCCGAACGCCGGUAUUUUCUUGAACACGCUUCUCGGCGCCAGUCAACGUGGAGUUAUCUCGUUAAACGCGGCAAAUCUACGCCCUUCUUCGGCUCUGCACAUGGAGGAGAUGUCAGCAUAUGGCUGCCCACGCCCGCGACGACUGAUUUUGUUGUGACAGACUCUCUGAUCCACUUCAUAAACACUCUGAACCCCAACAACGGACGAUUUUCCCAGUGGCCCACCUGGAAUACCCGCUCUGCCAGCGGGAACAACUCCCUCUUGACGCUCAGCGAUCCAGCUGUGGUGAAUAUCACGGCAGACGACUUCAGGGUUGAACAGAUCAAGCAUAUGCAAGAGCUGUUGCUGAACGGUGCAGCUUAUUGA